CGUGUCCUCAGUUGUGGAUUUCUUGUACAGAACGUCUCUCGAGAUGGCAGACCCUUUGUAUGAGCUGUUGAGGCCUCAUAUUCCCACAACCUCUCCCACCGCAACAAAUUCACCAACCUCCAACCCAGAGAUAUCGAGAUACUUGUCGCGUCUGGUGUCUUUACGGUUGAAUGACUUGACCACGACCGAGCCUCAGUCCCUGGCUCAGUCGGCUCAGUCGAACCUCGUUUCCAUCCAGGCGCUUAGUUCACGCUCACACCGCACCACAACCACCUCAUCAGACCAGCUGUCCACACUCCGCACAUCACUACCGACAUUGACCUCGUCGGUCGACGCCCUCAAAGGCGAAAUUCCAGAACUCGACUCGAGCGCGGUCAAGUUCGCUACAUUGUACACCCGGUCCAAGGACGAGACAGCGGGUGUCAACAAUGCCCUCCUCACUCGUCGACGGGAAUCGGCCCUGCUGGCACGCCAAGCCGACAAGGCCCAAGACAUUCUCGAAUUGCCCUCUUUACUGUCGGCAGCGAUCGCAUCGGCGAGCGGCAACGCCAACGCCACAUCCACCUCCGGUGGUGGUGGUGGUGGUGGUGGUGCAAAUUACACCCAGGCACUCGACCUCUUCGCCCACAUCAAGCGUCUCCAGAUCCUUUACCCAGAAUCAGAACUCGUCAAGGGGGUGGUCGCCGACGCCCAAGUCGCCAUGAAGGACAUGACGAGUAACCUCAUCGCCAGUCUCCGGACACAAAACAUCCGCCUCGCCGCCGCGAUCCGCAUGAUAGGUUGGCUACGCCGCGUUGCCCCGGAACUCAACACGUCUAACCUCCAAAGAACACAUCCCUCCUCCUCCUCCUUCUCCUCCAGGGGGCCAGGCACGACACAGUUCAGCAGCAGCAUGUCCUCGUCGCAUCAACCUCAAUCGACCAACACCGCCACAUCCCAAGACGAAGGUCACUUUGGUGCGCUGUUCCUCUGCGCCCGACUCGCCACCUUUCUCGGCAUGACUGAAGCUCUCGCCCCGCUUCGCGAACUCGCCGACCAAGAAACACGAGCGAGAAAGCUCGCAAACACAUCCACCUCCGCGUCCGCGACGACAAGGGCGGCCGCAUCACGUCCUGACCUUAAGACGCGUAAAUCGUCCAAUUCUGGUGGCGGCUCAUACAACCCUCUCGCCGGCCAACAGACCGAGCGUUAUCUCAAGCGAUACAUUGAGAUAUUCCGUGAACAGUCCUUCGCCACGAUGAGUAUGUAUCGCAACGUCUUUCCAGAAGAUGAAGGCGGUGUUGGUGGUGGUGGUGGUGAUGAAAACACCAAAACCCCUUCCCCAACCGACAAGGACUCGAGAUCUUUGUCACUCUCACUCCCUCCGGCAUUACAGUCUUUCCCUCUACACCUGGUGGAAAUAUUCAUGUCAACAUUAAAAGAAUACCUUCCCAACAUUACGGACCCUGCCGUGAGGGAAUCUUUGCUCAUGCAGGUUCUCUACGCCGCCAACAGCCUUGGUAGAUUAGGUGCGGAUUUUAGUCUUAUGAUUGCCACGCUUUAUGAGGAUGAGGAUGAAUAUGAUGAGGAGGAAGACGAAGACGAAGAGGUCGAGCAUAAGCAGGAGGAGAAUGUCAACGUUUCACCUGUGACCGGAGACGAAGAAGAAGAUAAAGAGAGAUCCGACCUUCCACAUGACAGCAAAACAAAAGACGAUGAUCCCCAACACGAAGAAGAAGAGAGUGACGAGAAUCCAAAUCAGACAGACACAAAAGAAGAAGGGAAGUCGUCCGUUCCACCACCGCCACCGGAACCAGAAUGGAUCGCCGUGAUCAAGAAACACCGGGUCCAAGCGGCUAGAUUGGAGGCUCUCGCCGCGGGCCAAGAUCGGGUCGUGGUGCAAAGGCGAGAGUCGAGCGAUGUCGCGGUUCGAUGACACACAACAGACCGCGAAGACGACAACUGAAAGGACGAGGGUUUUUCUUUUUCCAAUAACGGAAAUACUUCAAGAUAUCUAUCUACCUACCUUAGAGUACCCUCAAAUAUAUGCCUAGGUACAUGUGUCAAGAUUGAAUGAGAAAUAGAAAGUGUAG